AUGAAGUGCAGCAGCUUCUCGGUAGUUUCGCUCCUGACAAGUAUUGUCAGCUGCUCUCCAGGUCUUCAACAAGUCCCCUUGAAGGGCAAAGAAUGUGUACAUCCACCAUACACAAUCCACCUCUUCUCCAAAGCACCCUUGGUCAUCUACAUUUCGAACUUUCUUACAACAGACGAGAGGUCACAUCUUCAAGAUGUCACGAAAGGCACUUUUGCCAGAUCAGCAGUCGCCGACGAAUCUGGGGAAGAAGGUCACAGACAGACACGCACAUCCCAAUCUACAACAGUCCCUCGGGAUUCCAUAGUUCGUUGUAUCGAGUCGCGAGCCCUAGCUUUCCAAGGCUUCGAAAUACCUCGUUCCCACCUCGAGCCGCUGCAACUCGUUCAGUACAGCAGUGGAGAAAAAUAUCAUCUCCACACUGAUUGGUUCGAAUCUCCAGAAAGGAUGACUUCCGAAGUUGGAGGCAAUCGACUCUCAUCGUUCUUCGUGUACAUCGCAGCAGGGAACUUGACAGGAGGAGGUACAAAUUUUCCCAUCCUUAAUGCGCCAUAUGACGAGAGAUGGUGCGAAUUCGUGGAUUGUGAUGAGCCAUGGGACAAUGGAGUUACUUUCAAGCCUGUGCCGGGGAAUGCUGUGUUCUGGCAGAACUUGAACGAGGACGGGUCAGGAGAUCCAGCUACGAUUCAUGCAGGACUACCUGUGACGAGCGGGUCAAAGCUUGGAAUGAACAUAUGGACGAGACAAGGUCCGCUGAGUGAGAAGUUUAGAGGAAGGGAUGAGGAGACUUGA